AAAAUGUGUAAACGUCAAAGGUGCUAAUAACAUAAUCGCUUUGUUUCGCUUUGUUUAAAUAAAAAACGCACAAAAGAUUCAUUUAAUCGCGAUGACGAUUAAAUUAAGCGACACCUACUAAUUAACAAAACGAUUCUCAAUGUAUUUAUUGUUAUUGUGACCAUCCAAGUAUUGUUUUAAGGAUCAUUUCAGUAUUAAACUAACUACAAAACAAGUUUUAUUUAUCCAUAUUAAUGAGUUACAACAUGGAUAACAUUCCAAUUGGUGUUAAAGCUUUUCAAAACUUGGCGAAUUGUUGCUGUCCAAGAUUGCAUUUUAACAGAGAAUUUUAUUAUAGAUCAAGUGUUUUAAUAUUAACUUAUUUCGCGUAUAUGUGUUACCAUUUAACUCGGAAGCCAAUUUCUGUGGUAAAAGCGGUUUUGCAUCAAAAUUGUACAGCUUUAACACCAUCUAGUGAAGUUCCAGCUGAUCAUAUUACGAAUUGGUGUGAUUGGGCCCCUUUCGAUGGUAGCGAUGCGGAAGCCACUGCAAUGCUUGGGACGUUAGAUUCCGCAUUUUUAGUAACCUACGCUAUAGCAAUGUUUAUUUCUGGAUUUAUAGCUGAAAGAAUAAAUUUGAGAUACUUCCUAUCGUUAGGAAUGUUAUUAUCGGGGCUUUUUUGCUAUUUAUUUGGAGUUGCAAAAAGUUACAACAUCCACAGUUUUGUGUAUUUGCUUGUUGUACAGGCUCUUGCUGGGAUUGCACAAACAACAGGAUGGCCUGGAGUUGUCACAGUUGUUGGAAAUUGGUUUGGAAAAAGUAAAAGGGGAUUAAUUUAUGGUGUUUGGAACUCUCAUACGAGUAUUGGAAACAUUUUGGGGACUUUAAUCGCCGCGAAAUACGUCGAAACUGAUUGGUCAUUGAGUUUUAUUAUUCCUGGGUUGAUUAUUGGGGUGUUUGGGUUUGUGAUUUUUUUAUUUUUGGUUGUGCAUCCUACUGAUGUGGGUUGUUUGCCACCGGAUUCGCAAAGAUUACGAAAUGCUAACUCUAAACGAUAUAAACCUUUGGAAAAUCGUGUAGCGAAUGUUGAGACGAAUUCGAGCGAUUCAGAAGUUGAUGAUACAGCUAUUUUAAUUGGUGAACAGGAUAUUGUUAAGUAUCCGACGUACAGAUCGGGAAAUGGCUUUGAAAUACAAAGGAGGGUUUCAGAGCGGAGUUAUUUAUUAAAUGAAGCCGUUAUUUCCCGGCCGGAAACGGCGAUCGGAUUUUUUGGAGCUUGCAAGAUCCCGGGAGUCAUCGAAUUUUCACUUUCGCUGUUCUUUUCGAAGCUCGUUAGUUAUACUUUUAUGUAUUGGCUCCCUCUUUAUAUGAAUUCGUACACGGCAUUAAGUGCGAAAUUAAGUGCUGAUUAUUCAACGAUGUUCGACGUUGGGGCGAUUUUAGGUGCAAUUUUGGCUGGAUUUAUAAGCGAUUGGUCCGGAAUGCCUGCUGUGACUUGCGUUAUUAUGUUAACAGCGGCGGCUCCAAUGAUGUUCGUUUAUCAAUUUAUGUCUUCUUUAAAUUUCGAAAUAAACAUGCUACAACUAUUCCUCGUUGGUGCUUUGGUGAACGGUCCUUAUGCGUUAAUAACGACCUCGGUUUCUGCGGAACUUGGUACCCAUUCGUGUUUGGAGGGAAAUUCGAAAGCGUUGGCUACCGUCACGGCUAUUAUCGAUGGGACGGGUUCGAUAGGUGCAGCGGUUGGGCCAUUUUUGGCUGGGUAUUUGACUCAGUAUGGUUGGAAUAGUGUCUUUUACAUGUUGAUGGCUUCAGAUGCGCUUGCUUUAAUCUUAUUGAUACGGUUGGUGAAGCGGGAAGUGAUUAAUUGGAGGUUAAGGAGACAACAGCAAGUUCGGAGAGAAUAAAAAUUAGAUAAAUUUAUUUAAUUAUAAGUGAAAAUAAGGUUUCUAUUCUUAUUUUUAUUGAUAA